ACUUCGAGGCCCGGAGGUGAACCUGAGUAAUAUCUCCAGAUCCCUGGAGAUGGGGAGGAGGGAGCAGCUUCUGUUGAGAAGAGAGAGAUAUAUAAACUGUUAGCAUCAUCCACGAAAUUCCACAGCCAUCAUCCGGCGUCUGAGUUUUGUCGAUUCUCUCUCGCUAUUGUAUCAUCACCAAGAUCACUCGUUUUCUUUUUUCAGCUCGAAAAACAAAGUACCCGCCGCACGGCCUACACCAUAUCACUCCAAUAGGGAAACCACGAAAAAAAGAAGAAAAAAUGCAAUUCCUAAAGACGAUCCUCCUCCUCGCUUCCACCCUAACCCUCACCCUAGCACAAAGCGCGGGUGUGGCCAAAUACGACACCACCUACGACAGCGCCAGCCUCUCGACGCUCUCGGUAGCCUGCAGCGAUGGUGCGAACGGGCUCUACACGAAGGGCUACCAUACCCUAGGAAGCGUUCCCGGCUUCCCCAACCUGGGGGGAUCGGGCACCAUCCCGGGAUGGAACUCACCGAAUUGUGGUGCCUGUUACGAGUUGACGUACACGCCUCCUGCGCCCGCCGCUCCCAAGGUCCUCAACAUCGUCGGUGUGGACGUGGCGGCCCCCGGUACGUUUGUCCUGUCGCGGACCGCUCUGGACACCCUGACGGGUGGGCAGGCAGUCCCGCUCGGACGUGUGAACGUGACCUGGAGACCGGUAGCAGCGAGUGUGUGCGGGUUUCCAUGAGUCGUGUGAGCUCCCUUUGUUGGUAGGCUCUGGGGGGAGGGGACGACGACUGGAUAGUGUAUCCUGGAUUUUGCGCAGACGUUUUAGGAGGUAGUUUGGGGUUUGAUUGAUUUGUUGGUUCUUUGUUUUUGAGGCUUAGGGUGGAACAUCUCGGUCGGGACUUGACGGAGUAAUGCACAAGAUUAAUUCAUCCUGGCUUCACUCGUCUCAUGAGUACCGCUUGGUGGCGAUGUGGUUCUGGAUGUCGUUGUUCAAGUAUGGUUGGUGAAGUCAAAAAAAAAAGUGUUGAGGGAUGGAUGGAAAUGCAGGAGUUGGCUUUCAAUUUCAGAGGGAGAGAGCCUUCCACACUAGCCAGCGUUCGUGCUUUUUGAAAUCAAGGGGCCGAGGCAGACACUGCAUAAUAUUGUAUGCACUGCACCGUUGCUCAACCAACAUGUUGCCAUCCUGCAUUGUGA